AUGUCCUGGACUCACACAGAAAUUCAGGGUUAUGGAAAGAGGAUGAGGUCUUUCUUCCUGGAUACUCAUGACGCGUCCCCAGUUCCCAUUCCCAUUGGGUGUCGCGUUUCUAGAGAAGCCAGUCAGCGUCGCUGUGGUCCCGGUUCUAAAGUCCCCGCGGGCUCACUGAGACUCAGAUUCUCUCCAGACGUCGAGGAUGGGGUCAGGGCGCCCCGAAUCCUCCUCCUGCUGCUCUCGGGGUCCCUGGCUCUGACCAAGACCUGGACGAGUGAGUGCGGGGUCGGGAGGGAAACGGCCUCUGCUCUGGGAGGAGGAGCGAGGGGCCCACCAGGACGCAGGAUGCUGGUAGCCCUGCGGGAGGAGGUCGGCGGGUCUCAGCCCCUCCUCGCCCCCAGGCUCCCACUCCGUGAGGCAUUUCAGCACCUCCGUGUCCCGCCCGGCUGCGGGGAGCCCCGCGUCAUCGCGGUGGGUUACCUGGAGGACAAGCAGCUCCUGCGGUUCGACAGCGACGCCGAGAGUCCCAGGAUGGAGUCGCCAGCGCCGUGGAUGGAGCAGGAGGGGCCGGAGUAUCGGGAGGAGGAGACGGGAAAUCAAGGCACUGCGCAGACUGACCGAGUGAACCUGCGGACCCUGCAAGACUACUACAAUCAGAGCGAGGCCGAUAACUCUCCUGAUCCUGUCUGCAUUCCAUCAUGGCAUCUUAAGCUCAUCCCUGAGGAACAACAUGAGCUCCCACUGCCGUCCCUGUGGAAAUCACAGGAGAGCCCCAACUUCUGGAUGAUCAUAUCGUCCAUCUCCCUAAUCAUAACUCUUCUGGCUGCCAUGCUUCUCACCACCACGGCAGUUUCCCCCAUCCUUCUCCCCCUUCUCCCCCGCUCCCCAUUCUCCUCGCCGUCCUGUUAAUGAAAGCCUGCUUCAUACACCUCUCACUUUCACUCAAAUUUAUCAACUUGUGAAUAUGGCUUGUCAUAUAACAGAACAGUGCAAUAUUCCACCUACUCCCAGCCGUACUCUCGCUGCUGCUCUUAUUAUACUUUUUCCUCUGAUGGGAUCCACUGCUUCUGUAUUUCCUGGCUCUGAUAAUUUUUCCUGCUGGGCAUAUAUACCUUUUCCCCCACUGUAAGCUCUGUUUCUUGGGUGGACUCUUCCAUAGAAAUCUACACUAACAGCAGUGCUUUCCUGCCUGUCCCUAAUGACAACCACCUACCUGUUCAUCAAAGCAAAGAAGGCACCCUUCAUAAUGCCUCUAAGGGAUUUGAAUUUCCUCCUCUUUGCCUUGGGCCCACGCCCAGCUGUCUCCCUAUUGGUGCCCAGGCAUGGAUGUGGGUUGUAAUGCUUCUUUCCAGACCCAGUGUAUGUUUAUGCCAUUUUUUCUUCUCUUAUCAGUCCCACUCCCAUCAUAGCCUUUGCUUGUCUGUCAUAACAACAACAACAACAAUAACAACAACAACAACAAAACGGCUACCUGCUUGCUCCCAACCUCCUACAGAAGGUCUGCUCCAUAUUCAGACUGUUCACUGGACCACUGCAAUGCACCUGUUGGGACCAUACUGGGCCCCCUUAAUAAUGCUGUCAUUGUUGACUGGGCUCCCAAAAGUUUUUAUUGGCAUAACUGCACUGCACAACACCCACACUGUCCGAAAUAUCCUCACCUCUUCACGGAGGACACG